UGCGCCGGGCCGGGCCUGCCCCGCUGCGGGACGCCGCCCGCCCUCCCCGCCAAUGACGGCCGGGGCCGUCACGCCAGCGCGUCACGCGGGCGGCCGCCAAGAUGGCGAAGGUGUCGGAGAUGUACGACGUGACUUGGGAAGAUAUGCGUGAUAAAAUGAGGAAAUGGAGGGAAGAAAACUACCGAAACAGUGAACAGAUAGUAGAUGUUGGAGAAGAGUUAAUUAAUGAAUACGCAUCUAAACUUGGAGAUGACAUUUGGAUAAUAUAUGAACAGGUGAUGAUUGCUGCCCUGGACUGCAGUCGAGAUGAUUUGGCAAUGUUUUGUCUUCAGGAACUAAGGCGGCAGUUUCCUGGGAGCCACAGAGUGAAACGAUUAACUGGAAUGAGAUUUGAAGCCAUGGAAAGGUAUGAUGAUGCUAUCCAGUUAUAUGAUAGAAUUUUACAAGAAGAUUCAACAAACACAGCUGCAAGAAAGCGUAAGAUUGCCAUUCGAAAAGCCCAGGGGAAAAAUCUUGAGGCCAUCCGAGAGCUGAAUGAGUAUCUGGAACAAUUUGUUGGAGACCAAGAAGCUUGGCAUGAGCUUGCAGAACUUUACAUCAAUGAACAUGACUAUGCAAAGGCAGCCUUCUGCUUAGAGGAGCUUAUGAUGACUAAUCCACACAACCACUUAUACUGUCAGCAAUAUGCUGAAGUUAAAUACACUCAAGGGGGGCUUGAAAACCUUGAGCUAUCAAGAAAGUAUUUUGCACAAGCACUGAAGCUUAACAACAGAAAUAUGAGAGCUUUGUUUGGACUUUACAUGUCUGCCAGCCAUAUUGCUUCCAAUCCAAAAGCGAGUGCAAAAAUGAAAAAAGAUAAUAUGAAAUAUGCCAGCUGGGCAGCUAACCAAAUAAACAGAGCAUACCAGUUUGCAGGUCGCAGUAAGAAAGAAACUAAAUACUCUUUGAAGGCAGUGGAAGACAUGUUGGAGACCCUGCAAAUAACUCAGUCUUAGGUUGGCAUAGAGAUCCAAUAUUAAAUUUUCCAAUUCCAUGAUCAACCUGUAAUGACCUAUGGGUUAGGUUACUUCAGUGCUGUUAAAAGUUAAUUUUGUAUUGAUUAACAUGCUAUCCAAAAUAAUGUUUUAUGAAAAGUAAAAUGUCUAUUUAUUGCUGCUAUGAAAAAUGUGAUAAAUACCCACUGAAAUGAAUAACUUAUCCACGAAGACAACGUAAAGAAAUGACAUGUGCUGCACAUCAGUCUCUUUAGAUUUUUGUAUCAACAGUACCUGCUUUUAAGCCAUAAUUUGUAGAAAUAAACUUGUUAAAUGCUUAAAAAAGAUGACAGUGAUUUGACUUGUGAAUGGAAAUUAUGAAUUUAUAUAUGUAGGCAAAUAACAUAUGUUAGAAAUUUUUAUCUUAUUUGCAUAUUUAAAAGUAAUAGCAUGCUACAGAUGUACACUUCCUGGUAAAUAUUUACCAUACAGCAAGGAGUGAUUAUGAAUACACUUUGUUAGAGAAAAAAGUUGAUGUUAAUGGUUUUAUUAAUGAGUUGAUAUCCAGUACUGUAGAAAUGGAGAAGACUUAUUUGUGUACUUUGCUUCAGAGGGGCUCUUGUACUGGCCUAAGGCCAAAGACGUUCUUCUCUGUGGCUUUGUGGGCAAAUGCUUCCACGUCCGUGUAGUUCUCCAAUCAGUCUAUGCAUAUGCACUUUUAAAAUUCCUUCUGUGUGUCCUUUGUUGUACAUAUGUUCCACAUCAUGAAUUUCAAAACCGUCUGAAUGCAGGGCUGCAUGCUGGUCUGUGCUGUUUUAGUACCUACGUAUGGGUCCCUCUUCACUGAGGUGUAAGCUACGGUAUAGUUGCUUCUCCACAGUAACCAAGUAUUAGGGCACUGUAAGGAUGAGAUAGAUUGUUCAACUGCCUUGUACUUAUUGGAGGAUAGAAGUGUUUUUACACCAUUAGCAUAAAGCAUCUAACACACUGUAAAUAUAUAUUGUACUUUAGGCACUUGUUUGUGUACUCAAAUAAUUACUCAAACACCCUAAUUCAUGAAUUUUGCAGUUCUGAUCAUUCUGGAUGUUGUUCAGAUGUGCACUGUGGGAAUUCAGUUGCACAGCUGUCAUUUCAUUUAUUGUGGCUUUAGUACAACUGCAUAACAGCAGCAACAUACCCUUGGCAUAUUCUAAUAAAAAUUUUGUAAUGCUA